AUUGCAAUUUCAUCGAACAUUUUUAGAAUGUUACAAUAUUUGUAGGCAUAAAUGGCAACAUCGAUUUGCAGCGUUUACACACGCAUAAACUCGUUCUGCGCACAUUCCGUAUUGUCUGCCAUUCAACGUCUACGUCGAUGCUGUUUGAGAAUACGACUUGCAGGAUUAACUGUGCGUCUGUGUAGGUUUUUUGUGGGUCAUGGGGGAAAGAGCAGGACGUAAAUAAAGAGACACGCGUUAAUAAACACGGGGCCCUAAUCGUACAGCAUCUGUUUGGGUCAGCGGAAAGAAAUCCUUAAAUCUAAACCCUAGUAUAGCUACUGGACCACCUGUGGACUGGGUACAGUGUUGUCUCCCCUUAUUUUAGCUCUAAGGUGGUCUGAUUGGAUACACCGCUGCCCGGUGUUGCCAUGGCGAUGCAGGAGCUGGUGGAGGGGGAGUGCGGGGGAGCCAAUCCCCUCAUGAAGUUGACGGGUCACAUGACCCAGGAGGGAGGUGCUUGGAGGCACAGGUCAACGCCAACUAUUCCCCCUACACCCAUUGAAAUUGCAACAGAAGAAGAGUUGGUGAAUGAGUUCAUGCAGCAGGCGCCUCCACGGCCCCCUCACAGCUUUGACAUGGGCCAGUUACUGGAGGAAAUGCAGCAGAUCGAUCAGCAGAGCUACAGACAGGCUCCACAGAGAGCUCCGGGUGUGGCCGCGUUGGCCCUGUCUGGUGAUUGGACGUCUGAGUUUCUGUCGGGAGCGGAUGCCGCCACCGCCUCUUCAGGGCAGGCGGGACUUGGAGACCCGGCUGACGCUGAUUGGACCAGAGAGUUCAUCACCGAUGGCACAGAUCCCGGGCGUUGGGCAGAGGAGUAUCUGGAGCAGUCAGAGGAGAAGCUAUGGCUCGGAGACCUGGGAGAGAGGGAGCAAGAAUGGACGAAAGAGUACCUACCAGGAGACGAACUGAAGCAAACAGCCAAUGAGCUGGUCGCAAAGGUCAAUGACCCCAAGUUACAGAACACUGAGUUCCUGCGGUUCAUUAGGCAGAUUGGCGAGGGCAGUGUCACAGUGGAGGACAGAGCAGGCAAACAGCACACAGAUAGAGCUCAGGCCAAGGAGGCUCAGAACUGGGCCUCCAACCUCAACCAGUUCCUGGAGGAGACUGGGGGAGGGACUUUACCCUUGACAACCCAAGAGUGGGAUCAGAAGCUUGCCAAAGCUAAGGCUAAACAGGCACAUCAAUGGGCUUCUGUCGUCAGGCAGGUCUCAGUGGAGUCAGCGGAAUCAUGGGUAGAUGAGUUCGCCACAGCAGGUCCAGAUUUCCAGCAAGCUAAAGCUGCUGUGGAGAGCGACGUGGACUUCUGGGAGAAGCUGCAGCAGGAGUGGGAGGAGAUGGCCAAGAGAGACGCAGAAAGUCAUCCCUGGCUCUCUGAUUUUGACCAGAUGCUCAGCAGCUCCUACGACAAGGGGUACCAGUUUGAGGAGGACAACCCGUACCUGUCCCACCAGGACCCCCUUGCUGAGGGGGUGAGGAGGAUGGAGGCAGGGGACAUCCCUGGGGCCGUGCGUCUGUUUGAGAGUGCCGUACAGAGAGAACCAGACAACCAGCUGGCAUGGCAAUAUCUGGGAACCUGUCAGGCAGAGAAUGAACAAGAGUUUGCAGCCAUCAGUGCCCUCCACAGAUGCAUAGAGUUGAAGAAGGACAACCUGACCGCUCUGAUGGCUCUGGCUGUCAGUUUCACCAACGAAUCGCUGCACAGGCAGGCCUGUGAGACCCUUCGCGAUUGGCUGAGGCACAACCCCGCAUACCGGCCAGUCCUGGAGCAGAGUGAACGGGAGCGAGAGAAGGACAGAGGGACCAGAGAGGGGGAGAGAUUUGGCUCACUGCUGCCCGAAUCUUUGUUUACCGAGGUGCAGUCCCUGUUCCUCAGUGCGGCGAACUCUGAACCCGCCUGCAUCGACCCCCAGCUACAGUGUGGCCUGGGAGUCCUCUUCAAUCUGAGCGGGGAGUAUGACAAGGCCGUGGACUGUUUCACCGCAGCCCUCUCCGUCACACCACAGGACUAUCUGCUGUGGAAUAAACUGGGCGCCACGCUGGCCAAUGGAAGCCGCUCAGAGGAGGCUGUUGCCGCCUAUAGGAGGGCGCUUGAACUGCAGCCAGGCUUCAUCCGCAGUCGGUACAACCUGGGAAUCAGCUGUGUCAACCUAGGAGCCCACAGAGAGGCCGUGGAGCACUUCCUGGAAGCCCUGUCCCUGCAGCGCCAGGCGUCGGGGGAGGGCGAGAAGAUCAGUGCCAGCCGGGGCCCGGGGAGCACCGCAGCCACCAUGAUGUCCGACAACAUCUGGUCCACCCUGCGCAUGGCCUUAAGCAUGAUGGGAGAGAGCUCGCUAGAUGUGGCGGCCGACCGGCGAGACCUCGACACGCUGCUCUCCUACUUCUGUCAGGCGGGGGGGGAAUGAAGGUGUGAGAGGGAGAGGGGCAGGAGGAGAGUUGAUAGUGUGUGUGUGUGCGCACUUAGGAGAGGAAGGUGUCUGGGAGAGGUAGAGAGAGAAAAGGAAGAGAGAGAGGUCCUGUCCACAAACAACCCAUUAACCCUAUAGGCACUUCAUAUAAACCUGAAAUGAUUGGAUAAGUAUAAACAACAUGGAAGUAGCUCCUUUUGUAGCAUUUCUGCCAUCUUAUAACUACCAGGGUUGGGGUCAGUUUACUUCCUGAAUUGAAAUGGAACGGACUCCAACCCUGAUACCUAUCCAAUCCUUUCAGGAAGAGAGGGAUGAUGAACUGUGACAAGGGGAGAGUAGGACGAAAGGGAGGAGAGGUGAGAAGGACAUUUGAUGUGUCUUUCAGUAACCAAGGGAAAUGCACAGGGUACACCAGGUGUAUUGAAAACAUACUAUUUCCUCCCCUGAUCACUCUGACAUCACCUGGUUGCCAGUUGGUUCCUACUUUUUUCAUUAUCAUGUUUGGCACAAAGCAGAAACAGACUGGCACCCAGACUAGUUCACAGAUGUCUGGUUUGUUCCCCUCUGUCCUCAGCAACUGGCACAGGGAUGUUCUUGUUGUGCGCCUCAAUCAGAGGCAUCGUCAUGCCUGUUGAAACUGAGGAGCCACUUGACUCCCUUAGUUUCAUUGUUUAUUUGGAGGACCUUUGUUUUUCGUGUUUUAUUCCCCCUUGAAAAUAAGAAAUUCAAACAUUGUAAAGCUGGCUUACUGGUUCUGAAAUCAAUUCCUGAAGGUUAAAAAAGAGAUCAUUACAGUAAUAUAGAUAUCUGGCUUUGGAGCAGGGGUGCUGAACGCCAGUCCUUGAGGGCCACAGUGUCUUUAGUUCCCCCCCCCUGAAUUUGUCCGACAAGAAGCGCUUGUUUUUAUUUUCUGUUGCUACAGUGUGCGAUAAUGAAUGACACAGCUUUGGACAGAGGAUGACAUCAGUGUAAAGGGGAUGGUAUACUGAAAGAGGUGUCUUUGGACUUCUUCCCUCCCUCAACCCUUAUUUCUUCAAACAAAUGCCCUUGUUGUAAAAUAAUUAGCUUAAUUGUAAAAUAAUGCUUUUUUGCCAUAUUGUCUGUACUAUAAUUAUUGUACUGUUUUCAAAAUAGUUAACCAUACUGUAAUGAUUAUUCAUGUGAUAUUCAGCAAUAAAGCUCUGACUCAUUGA